UCCCUUGACCUUCCCUCCAUUUUCUUUUUUAAACUUCCAUUGAAACAGCUCAUCAGCUUCCCACCUUUCCCAUAUUUUAUUUUCAGUCUUUCAGCUAAAGCUAGAGACUUUCCUUGUUUCACUUAACAACUUCAAUGAAAUGGUACCAAAGCUGUUGUUGCUAUUUUUGCUGUUUGAGAGUACAGUCUCUCUAUCUCAUCCAAACGUCUCUAAUGGCGUCGUGGUGGCCGAAAAGGCUUACCUGAAUUGGGUGAAACAAAUGGGUUCCUUCAAGCACUCUUUCUUCCAGAAAGCAGUAAACAAGUUCAAGCCUUGCUUAACCAUAAAAGUAAAUAAAGUCUCGAGGUUAGGUGAUUUUGUUUCAGUGCAGAAGGCGAUCGAUUCACUGCCAGUCUUCACUCACUGCAGGGUGGUUAUCUCCAUUAGUGCAGGGAUUUACAGGGAGAAGGUUGAGAUUCCUGCGAGUAUGGCAUACAUUACCCUGGAAGGUGCUGGUGCAGACAAUACCAUUAUUGAGUGGGACGACACAGCCGACAGAAUGGGACAAAGUGGGCGUCCAUUGGGUACCUUUGCAUCUGCAACAUUUGCAGUUGAUGCUCUUUACUUCAUUGCAAAGAACAUCACCUUCAAGAAUAAAGCACCAUCGCCACCAUCAGGAGCACUGGGAAAGCAAGCAGUGGCACUACGGGUUUCAGCUGACACAGCAGCCUUCUUCGGAUGCAAAAUUAUCGGAGCACAAGACACUCUUUACGAUCACAAAGGCAGACACUACUUCAAGGACUGUUUCAUUGAAGGCUCCGUCGACUUCAUUUUCGGAAACGGUCUCUCCCUCUACAAGGAUUGCCAUUUGCAUGCCAUCACCAGUAGCUAUGGAGCCCUGACUGCCCAAAAGAGACAGAGCUUGCUUGAGGAAACUGGCUUCUCCUUUGUCAACUGUAAGGUCACUGGAUCAGGGGCCCUAUACUUGGGCAGGGCAUGGGGCACUUUUUCUAGGGUAGUCUUUGCGUACACGUACAUGGACAAGAUCAUCACUCCCAGAGGAUGGUAUGAUUGGGGAGAUAAAAAUAGGGAAAUGACUGUGUUUUAUGGACAAUACAAAUGUUGGGGAGCAGGGGCUGAUUUCGGAGGACGAGUUUCAUGGUCCAGGGAGCUUACUGCUAAGGAGGUUGAACCAUUUAUUUCACCGAGUUUUAUUCAUGCCAAUGAAUGGCUCCCAAACCUGUGAUAAUUUCAAUUUCUAAACUGCAGUUGUUAGGCAAUUAGUGGAAUGUUCAGAAAGCUAAAAUGAUAUUAUAUAAACCCUAGAAUUUAUUGUGGCUUGAAUAACCCCGUUUCUAACAGCUAAUUUAAGUUGAAAGCAUA